UACACGCGCGUGUCCGCCGAGCAGUCCGCGCGCGGGACACGUGAGUGUGCAUGUAGAGCACAGCAGCAUCCUGCCAGCUGCCCAAAGACGGACGCCAGAGCGGGAAGCGCGCAGAUGAUCUGAACUAAGCGGUACGUACUUCCUAUGUGACUGCGUGCGUUUAGCUGUACCAGCAGGUCGGUGCAGGAUGCAGCCUGGAUGGGUGUGGAUCUGUGUUUGACGGGUUGACACAGUCCCUGUCAGUGAUGACAGUACUCGGGUUUUGUCUAACCUAAAUCCUAACCACAUCACCAUGGCAACAGGAAGAAAAGGCUCUACGUCCAAAGCAGGUGGGGUGCGUUUCCCUGACGAUGACGAGCCCCCUGGCUCUCCAACACGGAGAGAUGACCAGUCGAACGUCGCUACGCUCAUUGCUGUCUCAGAGAAGGAUGGCAGCUACUUGGUGAAGGCUGGUUUCCUGAAGAGCCACCACUGUUAUGAGAUUGUCUUCACUGUCCCAGAUGUCCCCACACUGGGCAAAGAGCUCUCAUGUCUUCCCUCCUCUUCUCCAUCUCGGAGGUCGCCCAGCCUGCGGGUCCAGCGUAUUAACUCCACACUGGAGGGAGGUGUAAAGGUAACAUGUGAAUACAGAACUCACCAGGAGGGGGUGCAACAGGAGGAGAUCACCAUGGUAACCAGAGGGAGAAAAGACAGCAGUCUAAAGGUCAGACUCCAGGCCAGGGUCAUUGACCCACAUCACGGCACCCCCAUGCUGCUGGAGGGGGUGAGGUGUCUCGGUGCCAGGAAAGAUGCCCACACAAAGCACAGCAGUGAUCGUAAGAAGAUAUGAAGAGUGUCACUCCUGAUCAUACUCAGUGACUGGGUCAGGGUGCAGUACAGAGAGAAACAUGGAUCCAUACAUAAUAAGUAGAAUUCAUCUGAAGGACAAACAAACUGCCCUGAAAAUCACAUCACAGUCACAGUCAUGCAAUUACAUUUACACGAGGCUGCCAUAGAGCCAUAAUGCCUCUGCUGCUGGGGCCAGUCAAACCAGUGUUACAGCACACGCACACACACACACACACACACACACACACACACACACACACAC